AGGGUGUCGCAACCGGAAGUUUUGACUCCCCUUAUACACCAUGGAGUCCAAUUCCGAUGACCAAAUCAGAUGGUUCAUCCGAUUUUGUUGUUACUCUUGAUUUAAAGCCAAACACAACUUAUUACUAUAAAUUUGUUGUUGAUGGGCAAUGGGUUUUGGAUAAUCACUUACCUAGCCAUCCUGAUUCUAGCGGGAAUUACAAUCACGAGGUUGAAGUGGUUUCACCAUCUCCUACUUCAGCAAAGUGUGAUAAUGAAUUGGAAGAUGGCAAUGACAAUAAUGAUAAUAUAGCUAAUGAAAAAAACAUAGAACAAGAUACUACUCACGUAACCAAAGAGGAACUGGAUCAGUUAAUCGUACAGUCAAAAAAAAUGCCGAUGAAGAAUCAAGAAAUAAAUGAGCCACGUGAUGUUACCGUCGAAACAAUAACAGAUAAUGUUACAGUCACCUCACACAACGAAGAGAUACCAGUAAACUUAGAAGAAGCUCCAGAGAGUGUUACUGGAAAGGAUGAACAUGUGCUUAGCGACAAUUUUGUUGGAAAGAACACUACUGAAGAAGCUGACAACUUGUCACGUGAUGAACACGUUGAGAAUAGUUCUGAAAAUGCGAAGGAAGAACAAAGUGAAGAGACUCAUGUCUCUAAGGAAGUUAUUACUGAUUAUAAAACCAAUGGAGCCAUUGAAAAUAUGACUACAAAACUUUGUGAUGCUACCAUGGAUACUAUCUUAUCAAAAACUCAAAGUGAAGUUGAGUCGAUUGAUGCUUCAAUAAACCACAUUGACAAUCAAGAGACUGGAAAUGCGCCUAAAGUGUUUGUUAUAGAUGCCACAGAUAAAGUUGAACCAUUGAUUAAAGAACAAGCUAAACAAGAUGAGAAACAAGAAAUAGAGCAAGAGGAAAUCGUUAAAGUUAAAGACACGGUUCAAAAUAUCACUAUUGAAGCUAAUGACACACUUUCGUCACCAGUUGAAGAAAUUAGUCAUGUGCACAAACCAAUCCAAAAAAUGGAUGACACUGAAGAGUUUGGAGCGGAAGAAAUUACCCAGGAUGACACUGAAGAGUUUGGAGCGGAAGAAAUUACCCAGGAUGACCUUGAAAUUCAACCAACUUCUGAAGAGAUCGUAAAUUUUGAAGUUAUCCAAAAGAAUAAUGCACCUGUAAUUGCAAACCAAGGUAGAGAAAUUGUUCAAGGUGCAAGUAAAGACAUACAAGUGAAGGAAUUAGCGAGCGAAAAAAUCAUGAUUAAAGACAAGUCCAACGAAAUAGUUGUCAAUGAUUCGUUUUCUACUAUAGUCCUUGAUGAUUCCAUUUAUAAAGAGGAUCAUGACACUAUUGAUAAAUCUCAAAAUGAAUCUCAUGAAGAUUCUUUAACGACAGAAUUAGCUAAAGCUCAUGAACAUGGCACCUUUACCUCUGAUUUAAUAAAAGAUCAUGCCGAAACUUCAGUCAAUUUGAUGGAUAGCGAAAAUGAUGAAAAAGCAUCUGAAGAAAAGAUUGAAAAUGAGUACGAGAAAAAUUUCAAAGAAACCAUCGAUGAGACUACUGCCUCACAUGAAAUUCCUCAAACAAAAUCCUUCCAACAUGAAGAACAGAUCGAAACUUCUGACGCCGAAACGAUAAAAGAAAGUAAUGCCAAAGAAACCACUGACGAAGCUGUUAAGGCAGUUGAAACAACUCUUCAAGAUAAGCAAGAGUUAGCCGACAAACAUGUUAAGAUUACUAAUAUUGAAACAACAAAUGAAAUUAACCUAAAGGAAACCAUUGGAAAAAUCAGCAAAGAUCUUGAACCAAUAUCCGUUAGUGAUAUUCUCCAUCCCGAGCUUCUACAACAUGAACAAGUACUUGAGAGUGUCGGUGAAGUUAACUCAACAUCCAAACAUGAUUUUAAUAUUGAAUUAUUCCAGCAUGAGCAAGUGUCGGUAGAGGAUAAUGUUGAACCAACCGUUGGCAUUCCUUAUGUAGAGUCGUCUCAACAUGAUCAAAAGUUAACGGAACAAACUAAGGCUACUGAUACUGAAAUAAUCGAUGAAAGUGCUGUUAAAGAAACCAGUGAAGAAAUCAAUGCAGUUAACGUUUCACAUAUGGAGUCCUUACAGUACGAACAAGAUUUAACAAGGGAGAAUAUGGAGUCCUUACAGCACGAACAAGAUUUAACAAGGGAGAAUAGUGAGUCCUUACAGCACGAACAAGAGUUAACAAGGGAGAAUAUGGAGUCCUUACAGCACGAACAAGAGUUAACAAGGGAGAAUAUUGAGUUCUUACAGCACGAACAAGAUUUAACAAAGGAGAAUAUGGAGUCCUUACAGCACGAACAAGAUUUAACAAGUGAGAAUAGUGAGUCCUUACAGCACGAACAAGAUUUAACAAAGGAGAAUAUGGAGUCCUUACAGCACGAACAAGAGUUAACAAGGGAGAAUAUUGAGUCCUUACAGCACGAACAAGAUUUAACAAGGGAGAAUAUGGAGAAUAUUGAGUCCUUACAGUAUGAACAAGAUUUAACAAGGGAAAAUAUGGAGUCCUUACAGCACGAACAAGAUUUAACAAAGGAAAAUGUUGAGUCCUUACAGCACGAACAAGAUUUAACAAAGGAGAAUAUGGAGUCCUUACAGCACGAACAAGAUUUAACAAGGGAGAAUAUUGAGAAUACUGAUACAUCUGCCAUUGAUGUGCCUUAUCCUGGGUCCUCCCACCUAGAACAAGAAUUAAUCAAAGAACAAGUUAAAGCUACCGACAUUAAAAAGACAGAAGAAAGUGCUACUGGAUUAUCAUCCGCUAUUGAUGUUCCUUAUACUGAACCCGAUAAAGAGUUGGUUGAAGACCAAUUUAAGACUGCCGAUAUUGAACCUAUAGGAGAGAUCCCCGAUGAAAAUGUCGUUGAGCGUGAAAGUGGACAUCCUGUAAUCGACACUCUACCGUCCAGGGCACCUGAAAGUAGUGUAACAGCUAACAUAAAUUUCCCCUCAGGUGUUUCUGCAACUAUCGAAGAUCAAAAAACAGAAGAAAUCCUAAAAGCGCCACAAACAAUCUCAAAUGUAUCCAAGAAUUCACGAAAUAACAAGGUAUCAUCAUCUGGUGAAUCAACACGGGAGAUAACACAAGAACUUGUUAUUACACCAAAAUCAAAAUUAACCGGCAAGGGUAACGAAGAGCAAACCGUGGUUUCAACCUCCCAAGAUGUCGUUUUAACAAGGAACAGUAAAAAGCUCUUGCGACAAACCAAUAAAUGUGAAAAGGUUGAAGAUGGCUUAGUUUAUUUGAUUACAACUUUG